UGGAUCAUCAAGAAGAUGAAGCGAGCAGAGCGUCUUGCUUGAUAUACUUAGUGCUUUGCACGGCAGUAGACAGAGUCCAAGCGAGGCCAGCCGUGCACUGCGCUCACUGCACGAGGGUUGUGCACAUCCCACGUGACGUGAGGCAGACAGUCCUUACACCGAUCAUAGCUAGCUCUACACAUCAUCUCAUCAUGCAGAUGAGUAAGUAGCUCCACAGCUGGCUGUACACAUCACCUACCUGCCCACGGCCAGGCAACGGCGCAUCCACAUACACACACACGCACUCACACACGUAUACAUACAUACAGUAGCAUAGCAACACAACAGAAAAAGCGCUCCCUGCCGCGCCGCGAGUGACCCCACUCCACUCACUAUCUCAUCUCUCCGCUUCGCUGUCCAGCGGCGGAUCUCCCUUGGCUAUCUCCUUGACACCCGCCCGCAGCUGAGGCUUCCCGGCACCCCGAUCUGACACACACACACACACACACACACACACCCCAUAUAUGGAUUGGCCACUCCCUCCCUCACUCAGUCAAGUCACCCAUGCCGUUGCCCUUGAUGGUGACCUCCACUGUGCCAUCCCCCACAUCCAUCUUUGCCACGUAUGAGAACGCCCCGCAGUACUUGGGUGUGUAGUCGAUACGGAAUGCUGCAAACACACAAACACACACACACACAGGAUGCAGUGACAUCUGGAAGAUGUCUAGUGCGACACGGAUGGACCGUCUGUUCACUUGUGAUGCGAUGUGCCCCUGAUGCGGUGGGCGGCCGCCUGGAUGCCGCGAAGUCAGAAUCCGCCACCUCCUCCUCAUCCAACUGAACACACACGUACACACACGCGGCAAUGAGUGCCACGAACCGUCUGCCUCUGUAUGCUGGAUGCCGUGUGCGUGAGUGUGGUUCUGCUGACGUAGGUACAUGUACCUACCUCAUUGAUGCUCUCCAGAUCUUCCCUCAGACUGAUAUCUGCGGAUGGAGGUGUGAUCUCCACCACUUUGACCUGUGCGUUCUUCGCCACUUUCAGCCGAAAGAAGGUCCGAUAGGUGUUGUAAGUCCGCAGCAUCCCGAACCGGACCAACACAGCAUCGUCCCGCCCAGCGUCACCCGCAGCCGACUCAUCGAAUCGAAGCCCUUUCUUCGCUCCAUCAGUCUUGACUCCUUUCUUCAUCUCCUC